AUGGGUUUGUUCAAUAAGAAGGUAUCACCAGAUGAAAGACUCAAGCAGUUCAGACUUGAUCUUAGGAAAGCAGGAAGGGAAAUCGAAAGAGAAAGAACAAGAUUGCAGCGUACCGAAGGAAAGCUCAAACUUGACAUGAAGAAGGCUGCAAAUUCUGGAAAUCUUGAUAUUCUUAUGAUGCUUGCCAAAGAUAUGGUUCGAAAUCGCAAUGCAAUGAAGAAAUUUAUGAAAUUGAAAUCUUCACUUGAUUCAUUAGGUCUCCGUAUUACAUUGAUCAAGGCACAGAAUGGAUCAAUGAUGGCUUUGAAGGGAGCUUCACUUGCCAUGGCCCAGUUAAAUCGUAUGGUCAAUCUUCCUCAGAUGCAACACAUCAUGCAAAAAUUCAUGAUGGAAAACGAAAUGAUGGAUACGAAAUCAGAGAUGAUGGAUGGAUUGACAGACGAUCUCUGGGACGAAGAAGGAGACAUGGAAGAGGAGACUGCACUCCAGUAUUCAGCGAUCUUCCAGGAAAUGGGAAUUCCUCUCACUCCUCAGAUCCAAGCUGCAGUUGCGAAGUCUCAGCAACCAGUUACAAAUUCUUGA